AGUUUUAUAGUAUCAAUUGAUUUAAAUUUUCAUAGUUAUCAUAAAUUUUAAUACACAUAUCAAGUAAAUAAUAAACCCUAUUUAAAAAAACUUAUGUUUUGUAAACGUUGAUGCAGGAAAUUUAGUUUAGUUCAGUUGCUAAAUCUUAGAAAUGGUAUUGCAAUUAGGGGAGAGCAGGUAGGAUUCGUACAGUAGGAGCAUUCGUACAGUCCUUAUUCCUACCACUGUAGAAUACUUUGACAGGUCUGUGUUUGUGUGCGUGAGACCCACUCGCACGCAUAGGUUACUCGCGGGGUGAGACGUCAGUGCAGCCGCCGGCUUCGACGCAACGAGUCGUAACGUGAUUUCGCGCCAAGUAGGGGUGGGGUAGAUUCGUACGUGUACGAAUGCUCCCCGUGCCUGACUGGACAUUUAAAUGUAUCUAUUUUUCAGUAAAAUCUAAUAUUGUUACAGAACCAUGCCGCGAAUAUAUAUUAAAAAGGGGACGAGGACGGGAGAGGUAGAUGAAGGUGCAAUAGAAUCGGCGAUAAAAGAAGUUUUGGAUAAGACAUUAUCUAUUAGAAAAUCUGCACAAAAAUAUGGCGUCAAACCAACAACACUCGAAAGUCGUCUGAAAAAGUUUCAUCAACAAGAAGCUGCCGAAAAUAUGCCUACCCGUGCGUUCACUUCCAAGUUUACGUCAAAUCAGGUGUUUUCAACUGAGGAGGAAGCCCUUUUAAACAAUUACAUUAUUGAAUGCUCCAAAAUGCACUACGGUCUGACGAUCAUCCAGGUCAGAAAAUUGGCAUAUGAGUUUGCAAAAGCCAAUCAGCUUAAUUUUCAUCCGAGUUGGCAUCAUAAUAAAAUGGCUGGUAAAGAAUGGUUGGAUAGUUUCCGCAGGCGAAACGGAAACCUGAGUCUUAGAAAGCCUGAAAAUACCAGCGCCGCUAGAUCAUUUGCUUUUAACAAGACUGCUGUAACUGAUUUUUAUAAUAACCUUGAAAAGGUUCUAACAAAGUACAAAUUUACUUCAGAUCGUAUUUUUAAUUUUGAUGAGUCCGGAAUUUCCACAGUGCUGAGCACACCUAAAGUUUUAGCUGAAAAGAAUCAAAAACAAAUAGGCCAACUUGUGUCAGCAGAGAGGGGAGAACUAGUUACAUUUGGAGGAAUAAUUUCAGCUAGUGGUAAUACAAUUCCACCACUAUUUAUCUUCCCGAGGGUUCACUUCAAGGACCACUUUAUGACAGGUGCACCAGAAGGAAGCCUGGGAGUUGCAACAAAAAAUGGAUGGAUUACUUCUGCUAUAUUUAUAGAGGUACUGAAACACAUCCAAAAGAAAUCGUCGUGCUCUAAAGAUAAUCCCAUUUUGUUGCUUGUCGACAACCAUGAGAGCCAUGUGACUAUUGAAGCUGUAAACUAUGCUCGUGAUAAUGGGAUUAUUUAUCUAUCCUUUCCACCCCACACGACACAUCGUCUCCAGCCUUUAGACAUCGGAGUAUUUGGACCGUUUAAGGCUAAACUCAAGAUAGCUUUUAACGAUUGGCACGUGAAUAACCCAGGCAAAACCCUCAAUAUAUAUAAUAUACCACGACUGGCUAAGAUAGCAUAUUUUGAAUCCUUUACUGGUAAAAAUAUCACUCAUGCCUUUGAGAAGGCCGGAAUAUGGCCUUUUAAUAGGUUAGCUUUUGGCGACGAUGAUUUUGCACCUGUGAAUGUACCUAUCUUGUUUGUGUCGGUGUCCCCAACUAGAUGUUUACGUCGACUUACAACUCUCUUUCCUACUUAGUCGGUCGUGCGUGAUUGUAUCGUGAGCACGUGCUUUAUUCGUGAGUCUAUUUUCAUAUUUGUUAAUCGCGUUUCUUGAGAUUUUAAUUUGGUAGUGACAUGGUGGACAAUAAAUGUUUGGCGUGUGUGGCCUACAGUUAUUAAAUUAUUGCGUUUAAUAUCUGAUAUUGAGCGUCUUAAUCCUAACAUUUGUGUCUGCAGUCGGAUACUGUCCGCUUGUUAAUAAUUCGAAUUGAAUUCAUUAUUUUUUUUAUUCAACGAUUAAUUUGUGCAAAUAAUCACAUUUCGUACCAAUGUGAAAAGUAUGUUACUUGCGGAAGAACAAUUACGUGAUUGACGUCACUGCAAUUUUGAACGUAUUAAUUACAUUUAAUAUUUAUUUGGUUUUCUGUUAGAAAAACAAUGACAAAGUACUUUGUAGAUUGUAUGUACUACAAUAAAAGACAAUUUAAUAUUA